AUGAAGCUUUUAUUCAUCUGCGAGGCACUAGCCCUUGAUCUUUUACUGUUCACCAGUCAGUCUACAGCAUUGCCGCCUUGCCAACAUCCACGAUGGCAGCAUCUCGACGAAUCAACGUCGUCUAGUACGGUGAAUUCGGAGGAUGAACUCGCUGUUCAAACUGUCUCUGGCGUCACAAAAGGCUUUGUGAAUCCGUCGUACCCCAAUGUCCGGCAAUUUCUAGGAAUUCCAUACGCUAAAGCGCCAACGGGUACUCUACGAUUCGAACCUCCCGAAGCCCUCUCAGCAAAUUCUGGCGCCCAGGUGCAAGCGACCAUAAUACCAAACGCGUGCCCGCAAAUUGCUGCUAGUAGUGGAAGCGUGUUUCCUCCCCAGUUCUUUAAUCAAGCUCCAUGGGAUGAGGAUUGCCUCUCCCUCAGCAUCUGGGCACCAAAGGUGAAUGUAUCAGAUUCCCUUCCAGUCAUCAUAUGGAUUCAUGGUCUCGGGCUCCAGCAAGGUUCUUCCAGUGUCGGGUAUCAGCAGCCUCCAGCCUGGAUUCAGAGAAGCGGGGAACAUAUCGUCGUGGCAGUGCAAUAUCGACUCAACAUUUUUGGGUUUCCAAAUGCCGCAGGCUUGAAUCGAACCAAUCUGGGACUUCUCGAUCAACGAGUAGCUAUGGAAUGGGUUCGAGAUAAUAUUGCAGCAUUCGGUGGCGACCCGAACCAAAUGGUUCUUUGGGGCCAGUCUUCUGGUGCAGGCGCUGUCGAUGCUCAGAACUUCGCCUUCCCUAGUGAUCCCAUCGUUCAGGGCUUUAUCUCCGACUCGGGAAUCAAUGACUACACCACUCUCAAUUUCCUUGCAACUCCUGACGACAUUGUCGCCUUUGCCAACUACACGGACCGAUACGCCAAGGGUCUGCUCUCGGAUAAGCCAUCCAUCUUUGGAUCCAACACCAACGAGGGCGUCAUUCAAGUGCCGGCCCCAAAGGACCCGGUACACAUGGGACCGAACCAAACCCUAGCCGACAUGGCAACUCUAGGCUUUUUCCAAUGCCCUGCCUUCGCUUCGGCAUUAGGUUGGGCAUCUGCCAAGCGCAAGACGUACCUGUAUCAGUACGGCGGCAACUUUACCGAUCUCAGCCCCCUGUUCUGGCAAGGCGCCUACCACAUGUCCGAGUUGCCGCAGGUCUUUGGCACCCGAGGUCUGUUCAACGGUGCCGCCUCUAGCUUUGAAGUCGAGACGAGCAAUACCAUGCAGGACAUGUGGUUGGCAUUUGCCAAAGAUCCGCAGGGGGCCGAGUCUGGCGGCUGGGUCGAGUUUGGGACUGGGAACAUGGUUCUUCUGGGCUCGCAAGAUAAGGCGGUUCAGACGGUCAAGGUGGCGGAUGUCGAUAAGCAGUGCUCUGCACUUACAGCCAUGGCAGCAUAG